AUGGCGGAGAUGCAGCGGGCGUACGCGGAGGCGAUGAAGAACCCGGAGACGGCGAAAAAGGUGCAAGAGCAGAUGGCGCAGAUGCAAGGGAUGAUGAAGAAUCCGAUGGUGCAGCAACAGAUGCAGGCGAUGAACAACAUGGUGGCGAAUCCUGAGAUGCAAAAACGGAUCGCGUCGUUGAAGGAUGACCCGGCGUUCGCGGAUUUCUUUGAUGACUUGCGGAAAAACGGACCGGGGGCGAUGAUGAAGUGGGCGAAUGAUAGGGAAUUUUUGCAGCGCCUGAACGACGCGUUGGGCGGAGAGGAAGCGAUUCGAGCCGCGGCGGGCGGCGUGGCGCCGCCCGAGGCCAUGAGCGCGCCCGCGGCGGCGGCACCGACGCCGGAGGUGGAGACCCUGCACGACGCCGCGCGGUACGGUGACGUUGAGGCGGUUGAGGAUUUCAUCGCAGUCGGUAAAAACAUCAACGCGCGGGACUCCUCAUCGCGAACGCCGAUUCACUACGCGAUCGCGUUCGGGAAGGGCGAUGCGGGAGAGGAAAUCUUCAACCUCUUGCUCGAGGCCGGGGCUGAUCUCACGGCGACGGAUGAGAAGAAGAACACGCCGUUGCACUACGCGUGCGGCUACGGGAAGCCGUUCGCCGUGCGCGCGCUCUUGGACAAGGGAUGCGACAAGCAGGCGAAGAACGGUACUGGAAAGGCCCCGAUCGAUCUCGUCAAGCUCGAACCGAAGAAUCCGAUCAACAACGAUUCCGAAUUGAUCGCAAAGCUCGAGAUUUAA